CAUCCUAUUCAUUGUUAUAAUACAAUAAUGCUGGUGCCAGUCACUUGCCUUGGUAAAGUCGUAAAGAACAGCUGUUGCGUAUGGACAAAUCAUCCACCACAUUCCAUGAAAAACACGACGAAAAAACUGGUUAUACUUUUCGCCUGAUCAAAAAAAGAAGUUUUUAUUUUGAAAGGGAACAUGCACUGGCUGUAUUCAACAAUUUACAUUUAUUUGCGUCAAUCCUGUAGUGGUAACCCUGAACCAUAUGACUGAUAAUCAUGGCUGCUGCGUUGCCAAUAGUAAGUCCCGGACGGCCCGGGUCGGACUCCAAAGGCAGUACCCCCAGGGCAAGUUUUUUUAUUAUACAACUUUAGGAGUUAGCUGAUUGAUUUUGAAUGCUGAAAGGAGUUCAAUGAUUAGGAUGAUUUUUCGUCCAAAUUGAAUUUACGCGGCCGAGCACCGAGUCGAGGAGUAAUUUAAAAUGACUGAAACCGUAUCCGAAGUAUACGAUCUGGCCUAUCCGAGCCCUAUCACGCUGAAAGAAAUCUCAUCCAUCGCAGUAGUUGCUAAAUUAUGGCGCAGGGAAAUCUACGCAUACCUCGAAAGUAAUAAUUCGCGCAAAUUUAUUUUGCCUAAACAUAUUCGGCUGAAAAAUCUAAUACCUGAUAUGCCAUCGACCAUCUACAAUCAACUGUCCAGCUAUACGAUGUUUAGAAAAUCGAUCAAGGAAUGGGUAUGGUAUCAUCGUGGUAAAGUUUUCAGCUCAGAGAAUAACUAUAGCACCGAGGGCAGUUGUCUUAAUGACAUAUUAAGCCGUUUCCACGAUUUUUCAUGGGACUGGAAUGGCGCUAUUCAUUACGUUCGUACAGCAAAAAGGAUGCUGCAGUGCGAUCGAUUCUCUCUCGAGGAGAAAUUCAUAAUCGCUUGUCUGUAUUGUUUCGAAGAUGAUAUCAAACGAAUUUGGCCCUCUGUCAGCACGAAGAUAGAUUUGAAGAAAUUUGGGUUGUAUGAAUUUCCACAAUUGUUCUACUGGGCGAACGAACUACACAUGUCACCCUAUUCAAGUUAUCCACUUGAUCACGAUUUAUCUAUAUAUGAAAUUCUCAGUUUGAGCAAUCCUCAUAACAGUCAUAACCACUCAUCUCUGGAGUAUUUUUGGAAUCGAAUACCUUUUAAUAGGAGGGAGGCAACGGUUAUUUUAAUGCAUAUAAAAUACGUCGAAUUAUUCGCAAGGUUCAUUGUACAACAAUUAAGAGAACACGAACUGGAAGUGUUUCUCGCUAGACGUGCUUCCGGUUUGAUAUUCAGUCUUUUAAUAUGCGAUUUUGGACGAUGCAGCGUUCUUCCUACUUGGAUGUAUAUUAGAAACAAGAUGAGUGGAGAUCAAUUCCAUAUACUGAUUAUGGACCUGCUGUUUAUAGAGGCUAUGGGUGACCUCAUUGAAGAGUCAUUGACACUUUGUCUUGAGAUAUGGUACAGUUCUCCUCAGCAUAUCAAACAACCGAUAUUUGAUGAUUUGGUUUUCAAGGAGCAGCGGUUUCUCAGAUUCAGAUGGACAAUUAGGCCAUCGAAACCGAAACGAAUGAAAUUGCUAAUCGCCGUAUUACACGAUGCCACAUUGGAAGAGAGAAGCGCAUUUUGGCACAAACAUUGGCGUGCUUUGAUCCGCGGCACUGUAAUCAAAGAUUUAUAUGAAUUGAUCAAGUUGUGCUUUCGAAACGAAGAUGAAAUAAGUUUAUUUAAAAGCGACAUCAUGUGCAAGUACGCAAAUAUCGAAUAUUAUUGCAUCACGUACCUGAAAGAAGGUCGUGUCAAUAAAUUAAACGAGUAUUUAGAUUUUUGCUGCAUUGACAAGCAAAAAAGAAGGCAACUGAAGCAGCGAUUAUUACGCGAAUAUUGUUUUUCGAAGGUCAACGACCGGCUGUAUCACGCAUUCAAACCGCUGAAUAAGUUCAUCGAUGAUGCUUUUGAAAGGAACGAUGAUCGGGUUGAAUUUAAAAACCAAUUUAUCUCGUCUCCUAGAACCGAGAAGUUUUUGAUCGAAUGUAUUAGCGAAGGUGACUUCAUGCUUCCUAUGGAAUUCGUUGAUACUUUUGUUUCGGAGCAACAAGCCAUUGUGUCGUUGAAAUCUCGCUUAUUUGAUCGUUUCAAAGAGCAGCUGAUUGAUGGUUGGUUUCGUACUGUUCAGCGUGUGAAUAUCGAUCAUGUACGAAGAAUUUUGAUCUGGUUGUUGGGUAAAGAAGACGAAGUUACCAGAUUCAAGCAAUCGUUACCGGUUGAUAAUAUUUUUCGUAACAUCGUGAAAAAGAGAGGUACAAGGAGAGCUGGCGAUAAACGCAAUGAAUUUCAAGGCAAGCUCGAUAAUUUUUUGAAGUGGUAUUUCAACGAAGAUGGUAAAAAAAUUGAAAGUUUUAAACGACGGUUUCCUAAAAUGAAUUAAAGUUGUUGGUUCCUCGUUCCUAGGAUUGUGUGGUUUUUAAAAUUGAAACUGGUUAUUCUAAUUACCCACUAAUUUCGUGUUAGAUUUAUCCAAUUUAGUGUAAAUUGCGUACAAUAUAUGAUAUCUUUUUGAAGGAUU